AGGCCCCGAGCCCGCCUGCAGGGAUAGGCCGCGCCGCAGGCAGCCUCUGCCAGGGCCCAAGCGCGGCGGGUCCGGCAGCCGGCGGUGCCCCGCGGGGCUCGGCACGGAGGGAGCAGGGUCGAGGUGAGGCCAAGGGACUGCACUGAAGCUUCAGCCGCCGGCGGCGGACGCCCCGCAGCCAGCAGAGGGCAGGGCCGCAAGCCAGCCAGCCCGCUCCUCCCGCCGCGCCGCAGCCACAUCCGCCGCCGGCGGGAAGGGAAGGGGCCGGGGCCGGUGUUGGAGCCGCAUCGCCGCCGUCUCGCUAGCAGGGGCCGCGGGCCCCGCCGCCGGCCGCAGGAUGCCGCUGGGUCUGAAGCCCACCUGCAGCGUGUGCCGCAGCACGUCCUCCUCCAUGUGGAAGAAGGGUGGCCAGGGCGAGAUCCUGUGCAACAACUGCACGGCCCGCUCUGCGCCGCCCGGGCCCGUCGCCUUCGCCACCACUUCGUCCGCCGCGCAGCACAGCAACGGCGGCGGCGGCGGCGCAGGGAAGCAGAGCAAGCAGGAGAUCCACCGGCGGUCCGCGCGGCUCAGGAACACCAAGUACAAGUCGGCGCCCGCCGCUGAGAAGAAGGUUUCCACGAAGGGCAAGGGCCGGAGGCACAUCUUCAAACUGAAGAACCCCAUCAAGGCUCCUGAAUCUGUAUCCACUAUAAUUACAGCAGAAUCCAUCUUUUACAAGGGUGUGUACUACCAAAUUGGAGAUGUUGUUUCAGUGGUUGAUGAGCAGGAUGGAAAAACAUACUACGCUCAGAUCCGUGGGUUUAUUCAGGACCAAUACUGUGAAAAGAGUGCUGCGCUCACCUGGCUCAUUCCUACACAAGCCAGCCCCAAAGACUGUUUUGACCCAGCAUCCUAUAUCAUAGGACCAGAAGAAGACCUCCCAAGGAAAAUGGAAUAUUUAGAAUUUGUUUGUCAUGCACCUUCAGAAUAUUUCAAAUCUCGAUCGUCUCCCUUCCCCACUGUUCCCACAAGACCAGAGAAGGGCUAUAUAUGGACUCAUGUGGGACCUACUCCUGCAAUCUCCAUUAAAGAAACUGUUGCAAAUAAUUUAUAAUUUUUUAAGGAAUACUUCAGACACGAGUUACUUUGGGUGUAUUCGCAGGUCUGUGAACCCCAUACAGGAAGUUUAAAAGAAUUAUAAAAUGUUCAUUUUACUGUAUGGAUUAUGGUAUUUAUUUAUUUUAAAUUAUAUCAGAUUUUUAAAGUAGAA